CGCCGCCAGGGAUCCAGCAUUCCAGGACUUUAUAAAUAAUAAAGUUUUCAGCGGAACGUCGGGAGGAAUUCAGAACGAGCUUAUAGAAUGCAUUGAAAGCUACAUGCUUCAAACAAUUAAAAGAGAAGUUCUUGAUGCUGAGUUCGUGUCCAUUAUGAUGGAUGAAUCAACAGAUUCGGCUCGGUUAUCGCAACUAUCUUGUACUCUGCGCUACUUACGGCCCGAUGGAACACCAGUUGAAAGGCUCGUUAGAUUGGCAGACGUUAGCAGUGACAAAACCGCCGCUGCGUUGGCCGGACACGUUGAUGAAAUAGCAGCGUAUUUUGGUCUUGAUGGUGACAAAGUUGUAGCUCAGAGCUAUGAUGGAGCUGCUGUAAUGUCCGGGGACAAAUCUGGAGUGCAAACAUUGGUGAUGCAACGGUUUGAAGACGUGUUCGUCUCUGCCAUGCAUUCCACGGGUAUAGCUAACAAACCUUACAAGAGUAAGAAAAUUAAUGAAUGA